AUGGCUGCUGACGAAGACUCAGCAGAGAAGCAGGGGACAGAAGCCCCCACAGCUGCAGACAGUGAAACCAACGGGUCCUGUGAAAGCAGUGAGGCCAGCAGCCAUCCCAACGCAGCAAAGCGCACUCAGGAGAAUGCGAAAGCCAGUCCCCAGGAAGGCACCAAUAGACUGGCCCGCGUCGCGGAGAAUGGCAUUGCGGAGCGUGAAGUGGAGGCUGCCAAGCAGCACCACGUGAGACCUGACGAGCUCACCCAGACCGCUGUGGUUGGGAGCAAUGGCUUCUUCCUUGCCAAGCCGGCCCUGCAGGGGCAGCCCCUGAGGACUAGCGGCCCCACGGCACCCCCGCUCCCUGGCCAUGCCGCCAAGACCCUGCCAGGAGGCGCUGGCAGAGGAAGGACUCCAGGCACUUUUUCUCAGGUGCCCACCCCAGUGCCCACCCGACUCGGCGAGGGCAGCCGGGACACAGAAGACAAGACGCCAGCAGCCCCAGGACCUGACGUCAAGGUUCAUCGCGCCCGCAAGACCAUGCCGAAGUCCAUCCUUGGCAUGCACGUGGCCAGCAAGGAGCCCCGAGAUAUUCGAGAAGCCAGAGACCACAAGGAGUUGAAGGAGGAGAUGAACAGGAACGUGGCUGAGUUUGGAAGGCAGCAGCUCUUACCCCCGUACCCGCCCCUGCAUCAGUCGCUACCUCAGAACCAGUGCUAUGUGGCCACUGCAAAAUCCCAGACAGCUUGCUUGCCUUUUGUUUUAGCAGCUGCAGUGUCUCGGAAGAAAAAACGAAGAAUGGGAACCUAUAGCCUGGUUCCUAAGAAAAAGACCAAAGUAUUAAAACAGAGGACGAUGAUUGAGAUGUUUAAGAGUCUAACUCAUUCCGCUGUGGGUUCCAAGGGUGAGAAGGACCUGGGUGACAGCGCCCUGCAUGUGAAUGGAGAGAGUCUGGAGAUGGACUCGGACUCGGACGACUCCGAGGAGCUGGACGAGGAUGAAGAGCACGGGGCCGAGCAGGCAGCGGCAUUCCCCACAGAGGACAGCCGGACUUCCAAGGAGAGCAUGUCGGAGACGGAGCGGGCCCCGAAGAUGGAUGGCGAGUCGGAAGAGGAACCAGAGUCAGCAGACACCGGCGAGGAGGAGGAAGAUGGCGAUGAAUCUGACUUGAGUUCUGAAUCCAGUCUCAAGAAGAAAUUCCUCAAAAGGAAAGGGAAGACUGACAGUCCAUGGAUCAAGCCAGCUAGGAAAAGGCGGCGGCGGACCAAGAAGAGGCAAAGCGGUGAGCUAGGUUCUGAGGCGUACAAAUCAUCUUCAGGAAGCACAGAGCAGCCUGCCCCCGGAGACAGCAUGGGGUACAUGGAAGUGCCCUUGGAUUCUCUGGAUCUGCGUGUCAAAGGGAUUUUGUCCUCACAAGCAGAAGGGCUGGCCAAUGGGCCUGGGGUGGCCGAUGUGGACGGCCUCCAGGAAGUGCCUCUGUGCAGCUGCCGGAUGGAGACUCCAAAGAGCCGGGAGAUGACCACCCUGGCCAACAACCAGUGCAUGGCCACAGAGAGCAUUGACCACGAGCUGGGCCGGUGUGCCAACAGCGUGGCCAAGUUUGAGCUGAUGCGACCAUCUAACAGAGCUCCGCUGCUGGUGCUCUGUGAGGACCACAGGGCCCGGAUGGUGAAGCACCAGUGCUGCCCGGGCUGUGGCUACUUUUGCACAGCGGGUAAUUUCAUGGAGUGCCAGCCCGAGAGCAGCGUCUCCCAUCGUUUUCACAAGGACUGCGUCUCUCGUGUCAAUAAUGCCAGCUACUGUCCCCACUGCGGCGAGGAGGCUGCCAAGGCCAGGGAGGUGACCAUCGCCAAGGCCGACACCACCUCCACCGUGACUCUGGGGCCCGGACCCGAGAAGGCCGCCACCGUUGAGGGCAGGGCCGACACUACCACCGGCAGCAGUGCUGGACCCCAACUCCUGGAGGGAGAGAAGCUACAGAGCUGUACCCCGCAGCUCCCCGAGGGCUUCGAGCUGACUGGACCAUCAGGACCUGUGAAGUCCACGUCUGGCCUCCCCCAGGGGCCUGGCAAGGAGACGUUGGAGAGUGCACUGAUCGCACUGGACUCAGAAAAGCCCAAGAAGCUGCGUUUCCACCCGAAGCAGUUGUAUUUCUCCGCCCGGCAGGGCGAGCUUCAGAAGGUGCUGCUCAUGCUGGUGGACGGAAUUGACCCCAACUUCAAGAUGGAGCACCAGAGCAAGAGAUGUCCACUGCAUGCUGCCGCAGAAGCUGGCCACGUGGACGUCUGCCACAUGCUGAUCCAGGCGGGUGCCAACAUUGACACGUGCUCCGAGGACCAGCGGACCCCGCUGAUGGAGGCAGCCGAGAACAACCAUCUGGAUGCAGUUAAAUAUCUCAUCAAGGCGGGGGCCCUUGUGGAUCCCAAGGACGCAGAGGGCUCCACGUGUUUGCACCUGGCUGCCAAGAAGGGGCACUAUGAUGUGGUCCAGUACCUGCUUUCCAAUGGACAGAUGGACGUCAAUUGUCAGGACGAUGGCGGCUGGACACCAAUGAUUUGGGCCACUGAGUACAAGCAUGUUGACCUUGUGAAGUUGCUGCUCUCCAGUGGCUCUGACAUCAACAUCCGAGAUAAUGAGGAGAACAUCUGUCUGCACUGGGCAGCAUUUUCAGGCUGUGUGGACAUUGCAGAAAUCCUGCUCGCAGCCAAGUGUGAUCUUCACGCCGUCAACAUCCAUGGGGACUCGCCGCUGCACAUCGCCGCCCGGGAGAACCGUUACGACUGUGUUGUCCUCUUCCUUUCUCGGGACUCUGACGUCACCUUGAAGAACAAGGAGGGCGAGACCCCCUUGCAGUGUGCCAGCCUCAAUUCCCAGGUGUGGACAGCCCUGCAGAUGAGCAAGGCUCUGCGAGACUCGGAGCCGGAGCAGCCCGGCCCGACGGAGCGGACGGUGAGCAGAGACAUCGCACGCGGUUACGAGCGCAUCCCCAUUCCCUGCGUCAACUCGGUGGACAGCGAGCCGUGCCCCAGCAACUACAAAUACGUGUCUCAGAACUGCGUGACCUCCCCCAUGAGCAUCGACAGGAACAUCACCCACCUGCAGUACUGCGUGUGCAUCGACGACUGCUCGGCCAGCAACUGCAUGUGCGGUCAGCUCAGUAUGCGCUGCUGGUACGACAAGGAUGGCCGCCUCCUGCCGGAGUUCAACAUGGCUGAGCCGCCCUUGAUCUUCGAAUGCAACCACGCCUGCGCCUGCUGGAGGAACUGCCGAAACCGGGUCGUACAGAACGGCCUCAGGGCACGGCUACAGCUCUUUCGGACACACAACAUGGGCUGGGGUGUGCGGGCUCUGCAGGAUAUCCCAGCGGGCACCUUUGUCUGCGAGUACGUCGGGGAGCUCAUCUCCGACUCAGAGGCUGACGUCCGGGAAGAGGACUCUUACCUCUUUGACCUUGACAACAAGGACGGGGACGUGUACUGCAUCGAUGCACGCUUUUAUGGGAACGUCAGCCGCUUCAUCAACCACCACUGCGAGCCCAACCUGGUUCCCGUGCGUGUCUUCAUGUCCCACCAGGACCUGCGCUUCCCCCGUGUGGCGCUCUUUAGCACCCGCUCCAUCGUGGCUGGCGAGCAGCUGGGGUUUGACUAUGGAGAACGCUUCUGGGACAUCAAAGGCAAGUUGUUCAGCUGCCAGUGUGGGUCCCCCAAGUGCCGACGCUCAAGCUCAGCCCUGGUGCAGCGACAGGCCAGCUCGGCCCAGGCGGACACCCACGAGAACGGCCUGCCGGACACCAGCUCCUCUGCCUCCGCCGACCCCCUAUGA